AUGAGUGGUUCAAAAAGUUCAAACCAAGGAAUGCAAUCACAGAUGGCAAGUAACAAUGCUUCCAAUAGAGCAAUGCACUCUCAAAUGGAGAGUAACAAAGGUUCUAACAGAACUUCCAAUAGAGGAAUGAACUCUCAAAUGGAGAGUAACAAUAGUGCUAAUAGAAGUAUGCAUUCUCAAAUGGCUAGUAACAAUGCAUCAAACAGAGGUAUGCAUGAAGCCGUGAGUGGUUCUAAAGGUGGUAAAUGA